AUGAAAAAACAAACGUAUAAUAAAGCGUUAGAAGAAUACAUCAGAAAAACGGAAUGUAUUAAGAUCAAUAGUAAUAUAGUUGAAGCAAUUGAUAGAAGGAUUAAAAAGCUGGAAGGAACAAAACUAGCGAAGAUCUUACCUUUCUUACAAAAAUGCCGAAACCCUAGGCCAGGGACCCCGAGGUUAUUCGCCUUCGCUAAAACUCAUAAAGAGGGCAAGAAAAUAAGACCUAUUGUGGAAAAACGGAAAGCACCCACAAGUAAGUUGCAAGUAUAUCUCUCUUCCAUGAUGGAAAGUAAUGAAUUGGUGGCAAAGGAUCCUGUGAAGGUGGUCAAAGAGCUACAAGACCUUAUCUUAAUGGAUGAAGAAGUGGGAACUGUUUUAGAUUACGAAAGUUUGUACCCUUCUAUUAGGAUUGAAGCGUGUGUAGAAGCACUUUUGGAGUUUUUGAAUAGAGUAAACCCAAUGUUAGCACAGCACGGUAAUGAGGUUGCAGAGAUGGUUAAUCUAGUAUGUUGCGAAUCCUUUUUCGUUUUUGAAGGCCAAACAUAUAAACAAAAUAGAGGGGUCCCAAUGGGAAGCCCAAUUUCAGGGCUCCUAUGCGAGCUUGUCGUUAGAAAACUAGAAAGAAAAAUACUGAGUAGCUUUGAAAGAAAUAUUGUAUACUACAAGAGAUAUGUAGAUGAUGUAUUCAUUUUAUGGAAAAACAAUCGAGCAAUUGCUGAAUUCGUAGAUAGAGUUAACGAUAACGAGGAAGGUCUUAGGUUGAAGCUAGAGCAAAAAAGCUCUAUGAAGGUACAUUUCUUAGACAUUAGUAUCAUAUUUAGGAGAGGACGUAUAUCCACCAACGUAUUCAUUAAACCAACACAUAGUCCACUAUAUAUCCCUGCAAACUCUAAUGACCCUUAUAGGUAUAAAAUAGCAGCGUUUCGAGCAUUGGUUAGGAGGGCCUUUAUAUACUGUGAAAGCGUUAUAGACCGGGAUGCAGAGUUAGAAAGAAUUAUGCAAUUGGCAGGAACAUUGGGUUACAAGAGGAAUGUGAUUAAGGGAAUUAUUAGAAAAUUAGAGGAUAAUAAAGAUAUAAAAACGGCACAAGAUCGACAGGGUGAAGACAUAAAAGGGGUCAUGUGUCAUAUGUCUUAA